GAAACAAGACCUCCGAAUACUUUUACGGCGAUACUUUGAAGGAGCGUCUUAGACGAACGAAUUACAACGAAAUUGUUUCCCUUCAUGUUUUCUUUAUAUGACCAAGUUGAUUGAGAAAAAGAUAAAAGUAGAAAUUUAUUGAAAUUAACACCUAUCGAUGAUACAUCCGAUAGGGAAAAACGAUCAAGUUAAAUGAGAAUGAAAUAAAGUAGUUGCAUCGGUAUCCUUAGAUGGCGCAACGGGAGGUCUUCGCAUUUUGUUUACCUACAUUGAUUUAUAUUCGCCAUUCUCACGCCGCAAUGUAAAAUAUCUUUCUGAUCAUCGAAAUAAAGACAACGGUUACCUUAAAAAGUGAUAUCAAAUAUACGUCCAUAGUUCAUUUCUUCUACAACAAUAUCUCUUAUAUAUAGCGUUUUUCUCCAAUCGUAGAUAAAAGUUUCCAAUAACCUAAAACGUAACGCAAUGGCAGCGAUACACCGAGAAGCGAUCCAGAAACAAAUACAACAGGAUUGGGCAAAUCGAGAAUAUAUAGAAGUCAUCACCGGCAAUAUAAAAAAAAUUACGGAUUUUCUCAACUCUUUUGAUAUGUCCUGUAGAUCACGAAUAGCUGUCCUAAAUGAGAAACUUACGACGCUCGAGCGUAGAAUCGAAUAUCUUGAAGCUUGCGUAACAAAGGGAGAAACAUUAACAUAAACUGCGCUAAUAAUCCAUUGUCGAUAUCUUUUAUUAUGGAUCUCACGCCUACGGUGUACAUUUAUGCACAAGGAUACGCGUGGAGAAUUUACAGAUUUUUACUACUUCAAAUAAUACAUAUAUAUAUAUAUAUAUAUAUCUGUGUAUAUAUAUGUGUAUAUAUAUAUAUAUAUAUAUCCCCAUGAAUAUUACUUAAAACACUGAUCUUAUGGACCAGUCAAACGCAUUUUUUUUAAUUAUUGUAACGCAAUAACUUUUCAUUUUACGAAUAAAUAAUUAUGGUUUCUCGUACCUUA